ACUUGGGAGUCCAGGCGGGGAGUAUGAGGAGGGGGAGCGACGUCUUCUCGACCAGCAGGGGCACGGUGAGCGAGAGGGGCCGUAACCGCAGCUGGCUACUCUCUAGCAUCAUCACUUUCAACGUCCUGAUCCUAGGUAUUGCUCUGGUCAGUGGCAGUGUCUUCAACAACGUUAAGAUCAACGCCAUCAACCAGCAGAUCUUCCUCAUCAUCCUCGUCAUCCUCACCACUGCCUGGAUGCUGUACUACACCAUCUACACAUCCAGGGAAGAUCAUGCCGUGCUCUACAAGGAUAGCCAUGCCGGGCCUGUGUGGCUCAGGGGUGGACUGGUGCUGUUUGGCUUAUGCAGUCUGAUUAUGGACGUGUUUAAGAUUGCUAACUACGUAGGCUACCUGCACUGUGACUCUGCUGUGAAGAUAGCGUUCCCUGUCGUACAAGCUGUAUUCAUACUUGUCCAGACAUACUUCCUCUGGCUCCACGCUAAAGACUGUGUACAGCUACAACGGAACAUAACUCGCUGUGGGCUGAUGUUGACUCUGUCUACCAAUCUGAUGUUGUGGAUGGCAGCAGUCACAGAGGAGUCCAUACACCAGACUGUUGUUGCACCAGAGGAUGGCAACAGCACACAUUCCUAUGACAUCAGAGCCCCUGGUGGAUCCAGCAGCUGUAACUGCAGCCACUCUGCCUGUGCUGUCUUAGAAAAGGCCUAUUACUACCUGUACCCCUUCAACAUCGAGUACAGCCUGUUUGCCUCGGCCAUGGCCUACGUCAUGUGGAAGAACGUGGGCCGCCUGGUAGACGAGCACAACCACCACGCGCUCCAUUUCCGCCUGAAGGACGUGCUGGUGGGGCCUGCGGUCGGGCUGGUCAUGCUGGUGGCGGGCCUGGGAACCUUCGUCAUCUACGAGGUGGACGUGGAGUCGGGGGACCCGGGGAAACGUGACACGGCGCUGGUGAUACACUACGUGAUGAACACGGUGGCUGUGACGCUCAUGUCCGUCUCGACCGUGGCUGGUUGCGCCAUCUACCGGCUGGACCAGAGGGACCACGUGUCGGGGAAGAACCCCACACGGAGCCUGGAUGUAGGCUUGCUGAUCGGCGCCUCAUUCGGACAGUUCACCAUCUGUUAUUUCACCAUCGUGGCUGUGGUGGCAACGGGGGCCGAGGGCCACCUCAACGCUCUCAACCUGGCUGUCUCCCUGCUCACUGUGAUCCAGCUCUGCCUGCAGAACAUCUUCAUCAUCGAGGGCCUGCAUCGCGAGCCCUUCCACGAAGACAUGCACCAGGCCUCUGUAUUCACAAACCCAUACGUCCUUCAAGCCCAAGCCCAUAGAGACAUACACAACCUCCCAGGGACAUUCAUGGAGACCAAGACGUCCCCGGCCUUCACAGUUCACAGUAUGCAUGUUGCUCCUUCUGCUCUUUCUAGCUCCCCCCUACCUCAACGCCAUAGGCUGACCUGGAAGAGGAGGGCCCUGAAGGAGAUCUGUGCAUUUCUGCUGCUCUGCAACAUCCUUCUCUGGAUCAUGCCGGCGUUUGGCGCCCGCCCCCAGUUUGACAACACGAUUGGAGCAGAGUUUUACGAGUUCACCAUGUGGGCGGCUGUUGUGAAUAUCGGACUCCCCUUCGGAAUCUUUUACCGUAUGCACUCAGUCGCCAGCCUCUUUGAGGUCUUCCUAACCUCAUAAGCAGGCGAAUUACAGAAACAAUUCU